ACGGAAAGCGCCGCAGCCCCGCUCUUUCUCGCGAUAUUUGACACCGACGAGGAAGUCAUGCUGUCAUUCUAAAAGCCGGUUUUAAAGCUCAGCUGUUUUCAGCCAAACGUCUUCUUUUAAACGAAUGCAUUCAAUGAAUGCGUCUGUACGAAUAGACGGCAAGAGCAUCACGUGUCAGGCUGGUUUUCCUCUGACUGAGAUGUGUGUCAUCCGCUCGGGUCACGUGUAAUCUGGACGGAUUCACCAGACAGAGACAUUUAUCCUCGUUGACACUUAAGUAUAUUCGUUUAGAUUAUAUACGAAUAACUGGUUCUAAAUAUAUCCUCCUGUAAACAUUGUAGCACUAUGUAUAACUCGGAGAGGAUCUCCGAAACAAGUGUCGAUCAGAACCAAACUAAUGGAUGCAGAAGUGAUGUGAAGUCUGACGGGACAGAUCGCUAUAAAGACCUCACUAAUUCAGUUCAGAGAGGGCCUUCCAGAAGAAUCGUUCUUCACUUUGAUCUCAACAACACGAUCCUUGUAUCUGACGCAGUCACGAGACUAGGACCUGUAGCUGCUCUUGAGUACUUCCUGUCCACCGUGACCUGGGGGCGCAUGGCGAAAGGUAAAUGGGAGUGGUUGUCAGAAGCACCAUCUCUCCUCCAGCCAUGUGAGGGCGCUGUCACAUACUACUCUCAGUUUGGCCGAGUGGCAGGCUUCACCACCAUAGGUCCAGGCCAACGGUUCCGGAAGGUCUUCGAGGAGCAUCUAGAGCUACUCCGAUGGCCGUCUGACUUACCUGCAGAUAAAGAGCUGUCUGUUAAGGGAGAAGACGGAAAGCUGUAUCACUGGAUCGUCCCUUCCUUCUUCCAGAUGCUGCAGGACUUGGCCUCACAGGAUGUGGAAUUCUCCGUCCUCUUCCGCACAUUCGGCACAGAUCUGCCCCGCGUUCUGAACGCCGUCAAGAGCGCUGUAGAACAGGGCUCGCAUCCGCUAUUCCCCGACCUCCCGGCUCUGAAGCUGAGGGUGAACGUGACCUCCGGACGCAUCAAGUGCAGCAGUAAAGGAGCAACACUGAUUCGUGGAGAUGAACACGUGUCCACAAGGGACGGAGAGCGGCAUGUUUACCAGUACCUGAGCUCUGCUGAGGGUCUGGGUGGCUUCCAAGACCACUUUGACUGGUGGGCACGAAACACGUACUCCAUUUUAGGAGGAAAACCGCUCUGGAUUGACCCUUUUGACCCCAAAGUUCAGCAUAUCUUCAUCGAUGACAACAUUCGGCAAAACGAUGAGGACACUAUUGUCCAUCCUAAGGUGUUUCUGGACCCCGAGGGUUUGCAGACUCGAACAGCCUCCACAUCAGAGCUGUAUGAUCUGUGCCUGGUACAGAACGACCUGCUGAAGGCCAUUUCUGAGCCUGGGUAUUUCACUCGACGCAUCCAGAUCUGCAUGGAGAACUAUGAGGGGAACAUUCAAAAGGGAUAGCCAAAUCAAUCUCAAGUCAUACAGGGGAACACAAAUUAUGCAUAAACACAGCCCUGUGGUGUGUGCAUAUACUGUAUGUGGGAAAAAUGUGUGUGAAAUUCUCUGCUGCAUUCACUGAUCGGCACCCUUUAUUCACCUGAUAAAGGACGUUGCGGUCCAUAUAUACAUUACCAUCAUAAUCAAGGGUCAGAUUGGGCCCCUGAAGAUGAAACAAGCAUAAACAUCACAUGCCGUAGUAUAUGUAGGUGGUUAUAAGCAUUGGCAGCUGCUUCAUAGAUCUAUUUUGUUAUAUGCACAUUUAAACCAAGGAAGGAAGGUGAUUCUACCAACAGUAUUCUCAGGAACGUCUGGUAGCAUUUUACUGUUACUCAUUUUUUGGAUGCAUUUAAAACACUUGAAUUUGUGAACAUAUUUUGUCUUUUUUUUUUUUUUUUUUUUUUUUUGCAUUUGUGCUACUACAGGCUUUGGGGUUUGUUCUAACACUAAUUUGAAGCUCAGACUGACCAAAGCAGAAUUUGCUAAUAUUUCUAACAUGUUCCUUGCAUUAAUUUUACAUUUACUUUGUGUGUGUUUUUUUUUAAAUCACAUGUUGCAUUGACAUGCUAAAGGGUCUGCAUCUUCUUCUUCUUUAGCUUAAGUUCUGAGGUAAAACUUCUGGUUGCAAAAAACAAUGUCUAAUCAUAUCCAUAUUUUCCAACAACAACUAAUGUGUUUUGAUUUCAGUGGAAUGCAGUUUUUCACUCUAUUUUUGAAUCCAUUUCCUCGCUAUCACUGGAGGAUAUGUUACUGAAGGAAGCCUGUCAUUGCACAGUUACUGCUUUUAGUGUGUAUUGUUAUUUAAUGCCUUAUUUAUAAUCCCAAUCUUGUAAUAUUUUGUGUGAUUGAUUAGUUUUUGUUUUUUGAGGGAGAGUUGCAAAAGUACUAUUUGUACUGUCGUUUGGCGUUUGUUUGUUUACAUAUAUUUUAAACAAACGUG